GUGGAACCAUCAAGACGGCGUGACUAGGAUUGAAAUCUGAAAACUUUUGGCCUUUUCUUUAGAGUUUGCCAUUCCCAGCCUUCAAAAUUUCGCUGUAACGAAGGUUCGGGAGUGCUGCACACUUGGUUACAAGGUUUUGAUACCUACAAGACUUUAAAAAGUGACACUGUGAGCAAUGUCUCAAGUCCUUGGAACCAAGCUGGCCAGCCAGGCAACACCACCUAUUAGUAAUAGCACUGUGUUGUCAAACCAAACGACACCUCUUAGUAAUAGCACCGUGUUGUCUAACCAGACAGCACCUGUUACUAGUACUGUGUUGUCAGGCCAGCAACAAACGUCUACAGGCAGAUUGGCUACUGCAGCUAUACUGUCUGUUGCGAGUCCAGCAAGUUUGAGCACCAACCUCACAGAAGCAAGCCAAGAAGUUGUUGUUCCAACUGAGAUGGGUUCUCAGGUGGCAAACCCCAAAGAGAAGACGCCUAUGUGUCUUCUGAAUGAACUAGCGCGCUUCAACCGACUUCAACCAAAGUAUGAACUAAUAGACCAAACAGGACCUCCCCAUUUGAAGGUCUUUAGCGUGCAGCUAUGUCUCGGUGAUAAGAAGUACGAUGCGACCGGAUCAAGUAUUAAAAAGGCUCAACACGAAGCUGCCAAGUCAGCCUUGAGAGAAUCAACCCUUCCUAAGCCCCAGCCCAGACCACCCUCCACCCGCACCCACAAAUUCAAUCCUAACCCAGAUGCAUUAACUGCCACUGUUCUGCUUAAUGGAUACAGUAUGAAGAAUGGUGUUGCUAUUAAUUACACUACGGUCCAGUCUGCACCCAUAGAUGGCCCAUCCAUCCAUCAGCAUCCAUACAAUCCAUAUGGACAUCAACAAGUCUACUAUCCUAACUACCGACGCAAUAUGUACCCACAUCCUACACGAAUGGUCAGCGUCAUUUUGAAUGUGGCAGGCAAAGAAUACAAUGGAGAUGGACGAAAUAUGAAGGAAGCGAAACAAAAUGCGGCCGCCAAGGCACUGAUGGACCUCAAAGAGGCAGGUGAAGAUGUCACAACUUUAACUAAAGACCAGGCCACAAGUACAGCAUGCAGUGAUGCUCAAACCGAAACAAACAAAGGUGCUUUUGAGUCCGAUGAAGUAGGCAAGUCUGAGAUCAGUCUGGUAUAUGAGCUCGCUCAUCCUCAUAACCUCAAUGUAGAAUUUGAAGUUCUUGAAGAGUCAGGCCCAGCACACAUGAAGAAGUUCAAGAUGAGAUGUAUGUGUGGAGAAUUUGUCUGUGAUGGAGAAGGUUUGUCCAAAAAGCAAGCCAAGCACCACGCCGCAAAUGCCAUGCUAAAGAAGCUACAAACGCUUCCACAAAAAACACCAUCAUAUAGACCUCGGCCUCGUUUUCAGAAGAACAAGAAGAAAACAAAGUCGAUCUCAAAGGCUGCUGCUACAAGCCCCGAACUGAAUGCCGCUCUCAAUCCUAUUAGCCGACUCGUCCAGAUCCUCCAAAAACAAGAGAAGAAAGUGGAAGCAAUGUUUACUGUCAUUCAAGAGAAGAAACUGCCAGUGAGGAGACGAGAGUUCACAAUGCAGUGUGUUGCUGGUCCUCACAAAUGCACAGGAGUUGGACCAACCAAAAAAGCAGCCAAGAAAGCCUCAGCAGAGGAAAUGCUUAGACUUAUGGGAUACGAAAGUGAACCUGUACCCAGUGUCAGGCCAGCAUUGAAGAAGUCAACAGGAGACCCAGGGUUGAAAGAAGAAAAAUCUGAGAGGAAAGUUACAUUUGCUGCCGAUUCCAAAGGACGGUCUAUUGGACUUGUACCUGGACUUCUACCUAUGUUACCUGGAAUGAAUGCGCCUGGAUUUGCAGGUAUAAAUCGUGUACCACAAGUGGCUUCAAACAACAAGCAGUCGCAGCUAACUGCAGCCAUUGCCCGAGAGCUUUUGACCAAUGGUAGUUCAGAGACUGCAGCAGAACUGAUCAAGACUGCAAAAUCGUGUACGCCAGGUCUAGAGGAGGAUGCCAAGCUGGUGCGACCUAAGCAUCAACUGGAGUAUUUAGGUCAACUGCAAGGAUUGGGAGUGCACUUCCAAGACUUUCCAAAGGGCAACACUUCUGAAUUUAUGUCUCUGGUGUCAGUCACCACAAACCCCAAACUGGUUGCCCAUGGGUCUGGUCUAACUACUGAAGCAUCCCAUGAUGCAGCGUCAAUGACUGCUCUCAAGUUGCUUUCCGAGAUAAACAAGGCCCAAGAUGUCGGGGAAAGAAUUUGAACAGGGUGCAGAAAACUGACAUGAUGUGUUUAUGCAUGCAGUCUAACAAAUAUCUCAACAUUGUGUUAGAAUUAAAAACAACCUAAAUACUAAAAUUUAAACAAGUAACAGAUUGAUUAUUAAGAUUUUUAAAGUAGUUAAACACAAAAGAAGUGAUAGAUCUGUAACAAUUUGUUUUCAUCUCUUGUGAUAUCAAAUUUUAAUUUUUCUCCAUAUUUUGAUGAAGAACACCAUUGUCGGUGCAAAAGGAAACAUAAAUUUAGUUACUGAAAUUUACAUUCACCAUGGCAUUCUGAAUCAAAUACGGCCAUUAAUUAGUGUUGCAUUCACCACACGUUGUUUUAGUAUUAUUUAUUUACGAUACAAUCGUAUAUAUUUUAAUCAAACUGCAACUAUUUUAAGUAAGAAUUGCUUUUAUAAACAAGAUUUUUUCAUCAAUAAUUUUCAGUAGAAAUACAUUUUAGUAUAAGGAAGCAAAUUGAAGUCUGUGUGUAGGUGAAUGCACUGUAUUUGCUUAUAUCAUGCCCAUUAUCUGAAUUAAUAUUAAUAUAGUUUUAUCAACUUUUAUCUCACCACCUGAAAUUAAAAUUCGUUGAUAGAGGUAAUCUUUCUGUUUACUCCAAAUACUAUCUGUUGUUUUUAUAUUGUGAAGAAAAUAAAACAAACAAAAGUAAAAUUA